GUGAAUGAGACCCUGUCAAAUAUGUGUUCUUGAGAAGGAAAAGCCUGGAGCUGAUUGCUCUUGGGGGCAUGUAGAAAUACUUUUAUGUAAUAAAAGUAUAUUCAUAGAGGCCUUGGUGCGUGGAGAGGGCUCUGACAGUACCGGAGGUUACCUGCCCAUUUUAUUGACGUUUUCAAACCUUAAUUUACAUAAGGUGGAAGAUACUGAGGAUCCUCAGCCUCAUGAUGAUGAUGGUGAGGGGUCAUCCAGUGAGGAGGAAGGUGGUGGGGAUGAUGUACUGUCUAGACUACUGGCAACCUUCAACACCCAAAAUGGAAAAGCUGUAGACAGUGAUGAUGAUGAUGAUGAUGAUGAGGGGGAGGAGGAGGAGGAGGAGGAGGAAGACAGUGAUGAAGAAGAUAUGCAGGAAUGUAGUGAUGUAGAUGAUAAUGAAAGUGGUGAGUCUGAAAGUGAAGAGAAGGGAAUUGAAGAAGAUAAAGAGGAAAAUAUUGACUCAAGAACCCAGGACGAGAUUUCUGGUGAUGAAGAUUCCGAGUGUCAUGAAGACAGAGAGGAAUGGCCCACUUUAGGGAGAGUAAAAAUUGAAGUACCAAAGGUUGAAAUGCAAGCCUCAAAACCUCUUUUGUUGGCUGAGAAAAAUGAAGUAGAUGAUCCACCUGCCAUUGAAAGAGUUUGCGAGAUAAUGUAUGCUUUUACCAGUGAUCCUGAUAGAGUCAUAAAGUGUCCUACUGGUUUGACAAACUUGCAGAAAGAGUUGUUAGGUGUCCUCUCAAAUUACUCAGACUUGUACUAUCCAGAGGCCUCCCAUGAACAUUGGGAGGAAGUGAGAACUAUUUAUACUCUUCAUGCUGUAAAUCACGUUCUCAAAACAAGGAAGAAAAUUAUGAACCACAAUGCCAAAAUCAAAUCCCAGAAAAAGAAGAAAAGUGGUGCCACUAAUGAUGCACAUCGAGACCAAGGUUACACCAGGCCAAAAGUUCUUAUUUUACUUCCUUUCAAACACUCUGCCUACUUGGUGGUGGAAAUAUUAGUGGCACUGAUGUUUAAGGAGGCAAAGGCACAUGUACAAAACUAUAGCCGUUUCAAAGAAGAUUAUGGCCCUGGAGAAGAGGAGAAGGAAGAUAAACUCAGCCGACCAGAGGACUUUGUGGCUGUCUUUAAGGGUGACUCAAAUGAAGAUUUCAAGCUUGGCCUCAAGGUCACCAAAAAACUCUCUAAAGGUAAACAUGCACUUUAUGCAGACUUCUAUCAAUCUGAUAUCAUCCUGGCAUCCCCCCUGGGACUGCGGUAUAUCAUGGGCUCCACCAAUCGCACUGAUAUUCAGACUGACUUCCUCACAUCAGUUGAGAUCCUUAUCCUCGAUCAGGCAGAUAUUUUUAUGAUGCAAAACUGGGAACACAUUCUUGUCUUGAUGGAAGCAAUCAAUAAGCCCCCACAUGAUGUUCACAAACUCGACACUGACCUGACACGAGUGAGGUUGUGGUCCCUGGAGGGCCAUGCUUCUCUCCACCGCCAGACUGUCAUGUUCUCUUCAACCACUGUAGACCACCACCGUGCCCUCAUCAGCAAAUGUUCCAACUUUGCUGGGAGAUUGGAGAUAUACCUGGCAUUAGAGAUCCUGACACACGCUUCCACCACUUCACAACUGAGCUGCUGCCCCGGCUCAGGGCAGAGCAGCGUUCCCACACACUGGUCUAACAUUCCUGAUUAUUGUGACUAUGUGAGAUUACUGCGGUACCUGAAGGAGGACGGUGGUACCAGCAUUGCUUCCAUCAAUGAAUAUAUGGUUGGGCAAAACAGCAAAAUAGCCCAAGAUUCGCAGCCUUGUUUUUCGAGGGGAAAGCGCCACUUUUUGCUUUACACAGACCGUUUUCAUUUCUACCGCCGAUAUUGCAUCAAGGGUGUGCGGCACAUCAUAUUCUAUGAUCUGCCAACCUACCCACACUUCUUUUCAGAGAUCUGUAACUUGAUGGUGGUAAGUUGUUUCCAGAAAUAAACCCGCAGAACUCGGAAGCAGCAUCUGGGCAGCACAGUGACAAUGCUGGUGCAGAAAUCCAACUUAACCCGCCUGAUUGGAAUCCUAGGCACCCAGCGCACCACAGAUAUCCUUUCCUCAGGGAAGGCCAUCCAUACCUGUGUUCUGGGAAAGUGAUUAAAGGGAUUUAGAUGUUGCUCAGUUUUGUGGAUCCAUUUUUAUGCUGUGUCAUAAACCUUUCCCUACCUACCAGCAUUGAGGAAAACCACUUAGGGAGCUGUGUGGUUCAGAUAAUCCUUCUCUGCCAAAAAAUGUUGGGAAUGUUAUCAAUCUCAUGCAUUCAUGGGAACAUAGUAACAGAAACUUCUCUCUUAGUUAGAUGUUUAUUCUUAUGUUGAUGUGGGAGAGAAAGCUAAGUUGCUUUGUGGUUGGUGUGGGGUACAGUAAGUGGAACGUCAACAGUGGCAUGUUUCCAGCAAGGCAAGGAAUGUGAGGGCAGGAAAUGAAUAAUUUCAUAAAAGUUAGUGAUAGAAUAAAAAUUAUGCUCAAAAUUUAUAUUUCUCCAUAUAUUUUUUAAAUCUGAAUGCUAUAUUGUAUGUUUUCAUGUAGAUUGUGUGUAUUUGGUAACAUUCAUCACUAGUAACAAGAAGUGUUAUAGUUGUGAGUGUCUGACAUGGACUUAUGUCUCUUUUGCCACCCUGUGAUAUGCUGUGUCUCAGGGAUGUGUUUCUUGUUAAAGGUGACCCCAUUAUUUUUGUCUGUUCAAGCUGACCCAUAUGUUGAACCAUUGGUGAGGGUAGACAACUUGUUUGACUCAUGCAAUGCAAGUGGAGUUUGUUCAUGACUUUCAAGUUGGAAAUUGAGUACAGACCCAUUAGUAGGAAGGUAAAGUGAAUUCCAGUAAACAAUAAUUUCAGGAGUAUAUUUUAUCAAUAUACUGUUAUGUAUUAAAAUGUCCUUACUAUGUUUUUAUGUAACCAGCAUUUCCUUUGAUUAUAUUACUUAUUUGCCUAUAUGAAAUGUUCAACAUAUGUUCCCAUUACAUACAUUUUCAGAAGCAUUCCAUCAUCAUUAAUAUCAUCAUCAUCAUCAUCAUCAUCACUCAUUCCAUGUCUUCCAGAGUAUAAUUAAGAUAUCAGCCAUUGCAUCUCUAUCAUGUAAAAUUACCUCAAUCCAUAAAUUAUGAGGUCUGUGUUUAGACUAAUAUGAAGGUGAAUGUUUUUGUUGAUUGGUAAAUAAAAUUGUUUUGAAGUAUA